CAGUGACAAGGUGCAAAUGCAUCUUGAACGGUCUUGCGUCCCAAUUGGGGCACAAUUUUCAGUAAUUGACAUCCCAGCUUAUGUCUUGGAUAUUUUUGUUAUCGAGGGAUACGUUCAAGAUUACGUCACUGGAAAUAUGUUCAUCGCACCGGCCUUGGUGUCGAGGGCGUGUACAAAAUUGAUUUGCAAUGUCGACAAUUUCAAAACAAUUAAUCGUAUCUUGCUAAUUACUCAAGACAAUAUUCCUGCUACGUCUGGAGACGAGUUGUCACGAUGCAUCAUUGCAUCCUACAACUGCCGGCGUGGCACUCCCACAAAAGAUUCGGAAGGAGAUGAAUCAAAGGGGUUCAUGAUGCACUUAAAUUUUAACACUCGUCAAAAGAAGCGGAGACGAAGUACGUAUGUCGAAGACGACGAUAAAAACACAAAGGAUGAAACAAUUCGAAGGCGGGUAACACCCAACGCUGCUCCAAGACGACCGAAUCCAGGGGACGGAGAUGAUUCUACACUGAUAUGAGACUAAAGUCAUUUAUAAAAGCAGAAGAGAAAAGUCAAUCAUUCCUCCAAAGUUAUGAGGACAAAAACCUCAUAAAUAAUUGUGGGGCAAUAAUGGUCAAUCAAAUAUAAUUAAUUUAAGUCAGCCUCGAAUGACUGCCAACGAAUAAAUUAAUAGAGCUUAGAAAAUCCACAUACUAGCAGCAUGUCAUUCACUUCACUGGUAACCAAUCACCCUUUGUAUAAUCUGACAAAAGACUAUGCAUCAUAUUUAUGCCGCAUGAUUAUCAUUGACUGCUCUUUGGAGAAAGUGGUGGCCCUUAAAAGGGCCGUUGGGUUUUUUUUUGUGAUGUGAUGGAUGAAUGACAACUGUUUAGGCACGUUCUCCACGGAUUCGGCGAGCGAGUUGGAUGUCCUUGGGCAUGAUGGUGACCCGCUUGGCGUGGAUGGCGCACAAGUUGGUGUCCUCAAAGAGACCAACCAAGUAGGCCUCGGACGCCUCCU